GGCGAGUCCAUUCCUGCCUGAGGGGGGGUUGCCCCCCACCCCCCCGGUGUGGCCCUAAAGGUUAUUCAUAAAACGUGAAUAAAAAAAUCAAAAAUGGAAAAAAUAAAUAAAUAAAUCAGCCACGACUCACGUUGUUUCCGCUUAAAAAAAAUUUUGGAGCAGAACAAUAAAAACAGCGCUAAACAUUUUCAGCAAGGCGUCGUGUCAGGGAUCUGCCUCCCCGCAGCUGAGGCGUUUGUGGAGUCCGUAACAAAAGAUCUGUGGGGUUAAACGUUCGGACCGCAGCCGGCCGAAGGUAGGGCUGGGAGCUGGAGGAUGGCAGCGAACCCCUCGGGACAAGGUUUCCAGAAUAAAAACAGGGUUGCAAUCCUGGCAGAACUAGACAAGGAGAAGAGAAAGUUACUUAUGCAAAACCAGUCUUCCACAAAUCACCCUGGAGCCAGCAUUGCACUUGCAAGAUCACCACUAAACAAGGAUUUCCGUGAUCAUGCUGAGCAACAGCACAUCGCAGCACAGCAGAAGGCUGCACUGCAGCAUGCACACGCACAUUCCUCAGGAUACUUCAUAACUCAAGACUCUGCAUUUGGAAAUCUUAUUCUUCCUGUCUUACCUCGACUCGAGGCAGAAUGACUGAUGCUGUUUCUCAAAACUGCCAAGUCUGAUUUUGUCCGUAGCGGGAACUGUCAGACCUUUUAAUUCGUUUACUUUUGUAUCUCAAAUACUGCUUCGUUCUGGAUUCUUGUGGUUGCCUUGUGGGAGUAUGAGCUCAAAUAAUGAAACAGCAGUGUUGUUGAACAGAGAUUUUUAUCCCAUAUUUCUGUUCCUUUGUCAAGUCAAAGUCAGCCAUAAGACUUCCUGGGUGUGUCAAGUGCGUGGCGCUUGCAUAUUUCUUCCCUGUUUCUGUGCUUCCUUUGAAUAAAUGUCCAAACCAGGGUCACCAAAA